ACCACCUCUGCCACACCAACUUCUCUCUCUAAUUUCAACAGUUCUAAUGGCGACGGCGGUUGCCAGUCGGCCCAGCGGGCCGGUUCUUUCGAUACCAAACUACCGCUCCGCCUCCCCCAACCGUAUCAAGCUUUCCGCCGCCGCUGCCGCCGGAGCCCGCUCGCCGGGCAAGACCAUCAGUGUUGCAUCGGCCGCCCCCGCGAAGAGCCGUCAGUCCUGUAUGUGCUCUCCGACGAACCACCCCGGCUCGUUCCGCUGCAGCAAGCACAAGGAGCGCAAGCAGGAGGCUCCGGCCUGCCACGGCCACGGCCACAGCAAGCCCGCCUCUCCGCCUUCGCCGGCAUCCCUCGGCAGCGGGGCCUCCAAGAUGGUGACGCUGGUGCGGGUCGGCGGCGCCAUGCAGAGCGGUACGUGGGCGCGCAGGGCGCUGUCGCCGACCCCGCAGUCGCCGCACCGGAGGCGCGCUUCCGCCGGCUUCCGGCCCCGACCUAGCCGUCUCUCCACUGUCUCCUUCCCCGGGGACUGCGCCGGCGACAACCGCCAGUGAACAAACACAACCAACUCCGUCGACAUGCCAUAGCUGCAGCCUGCAGGGUACCUGUACAUACUGAGCACUGAUAGUGAGCAUAGUUGUCUGUAAGUAAUUAGCCUGUGGUAGACUGGAGUUUUUGAUCCAGGUAGCAGUCUAGCAGAGUUCAUCCUCCCUUUCGUUUUGGAUAUAUACAUGAGUGAGAAAUGGAGACAUUCGGAUACAUGCAUCUCA